GCUGGCAUUAUAGGUGUGAGCCACCACCACCACACCUGGCCUCCCACAGAGGAUUUUCUAGAAGAUAAUGUGCUCUUCGGAAGGCUCAAGGAUCUCAGCUGGCAGAUUGAGUUCUUACUAUGCAUCAACAAAUUGGCACUUGGGUUCAUAUGAAAGUCUUGUGAACUUGGUAAUUGUGUGUCUAUUGAUAAGAAUGCUCUCCUCGUACCAUUGAUUCCCUCUACAACUGUGCUGCAAGCACAGUCAUCUGCUUUCACUUCUUUGAACAUGCCAACUUCUUUCCUACCUCAGGGCCUUUGCAUGUACUGUUCGCCUCUGCUUGGAAUGUUCUUUCCUCCUUCUCAUCCAUUAGAGUGGCAGCAGCACUUUAGAAUAAUCAGAGGGGUUUAAAAUAAUAUUGACGUCCGGUCCCCACCCAGCCCAAUUAAACUCAAAUCUUUGAGUGUGGGGCCGAUGCACUGAUAAAAUAAAAUAAAAGGCAUGGAGUUGAUUUUAUCCUUAUGGCCGGCAGGUGUUUUGACCAAGCUAUCACUGUGAGCGGUAGCAUCAACAGUUACUCAGGGAUUCGGGGCACAGGGGGGUGUGACCACAUCACGAAAGUUCCAUUUGUUGGGUUAGGCGUUUAGCCAUAACUUAAGUAGUUGCAGAUGGUCUCUACACCUGGAUUGCCCAUUAGGACAAAACAAGUAAACUUGUGUUUUUAGGCAAAUAAUGAAACUCUGAGGAGUCUGAAAAAGCAACUCAUCGCCAGGUACCUCCCAGCCCAGGUGCCCAUCCACACAGGGGUGAACGCACGGCGGGGGCUGCUUGAACUCUUACUAAGCCUGUUCUUUGCAAAAUAUUAUUUGAUAGUUUUUAAUGCAGCAAAGCAAGGCAGACAACCCACCUCCUGUUUUCCCCGAGCUGAUGUGAGGGAAGUUCUAAGGUGCUGUUUCCUAAGCCCAGAUUAACCAAGACGGAUCAGUGGCAUGGACUUUUUUUUUUUGUAAUUUUACUUCCAUGAGGAAUCAUUUGGACUCUUCGGUCUUCCAUUCUUCAGUUUUACGUAGGGCUUUGCUGGAGGAAAAUGGGGCGAAGCGGGAGAGAAAUACAGUCUCGGAGUGGGGUGGGAGAUAAAUUCAACGCAAACCCAGCGGUGCAGCAAAGGCCUUAUUCUGCCUCUGAUCUGGGGAAGUUUCAUAUUCUAAUGGAGAGAAACGCACGUGCACACACACCCCCCUAAACCCACACAAAUGAAACCCCCUCUGCGGAGAAGCCGGCUACAGGAAACUGACUUAGGCACAGGAACUUGCUAAUCUCUGUUGUCACAUUCGGAUUGCUCCUGCUGCCUCACGCACACUAAACCCAGCCAUCUUGGGGUGGACUCCCUGCCAGCCCAACUCUUGUAUUUUUAGUUCUUCUAGUGUAAACCAGUUAAUGUUCUCGGGAGCGAGGGAGAGGUUAAUCCUAGGAGGAAAUCAACCACAGUGAAAAGGCUUGGGCCGCUUUUGUUUUCACAUCCUUUUGCUGAACAAAUUUGAUUUCCGGAGUCAGUCAUUUUACUGUCAAGAAAUUCCUUCGGCGUUCUGCAACAGUUUCCAAGGUGGCUAGAUCCAUCAGAAGCUGAAGCUGUGGAGAACGCUCUCAGGGGCCUUUGCCACUUCUUGGAGUAGAAGCCGACAGAGACCUGUUUGGAAACGUCUCCUUCACACACCAGUUGAAGACUAGGCUUUGGAGGUUUUCAAAGUAGACGGUGCUUGGAUGGGCGGCGAGAAGUAACAUUCUGCAAAUCACCGUCAGAGGUCCUGAGGACACAGACCUACCUGGCUUGCCUUCCCCUCGCUGAAUGGCGUGUGCUGCAGCCGCCCACUGAGGGCUCUUUUCCCUGGGAUUCUGGACUUGCGAGUAGGACAGCAGGCUGGGAAGAUGCUGAGUUCCAUCAAGUGCGUGUUGGUGGGCGACUCUGCUGUGGGGAAGACCUCUCUGUUGGUGCGCUUCACCUCUGAGACCUUCCCGGAGGCCUACAAGCCCACAGUGUACGAGAACACGGGGGUGGACGUCUUCAUGGAUGGCAUCCAGAUCAGCCUGGGCCUCUGGGACACAGCCGGCAAUGACGCCUUCAGAAGCAUCCGGCCCCUGUCCUACCAGCAGGCAGACGUGGUGCUGAUGUGCUACUCUGUGGCCAACCAUAACUCAUUCCUGAACUUGAAGAACAAGUGGAUUGGUGAAAUCAGGAGCAACUUGCCCUGUACCCCUGUGCUGGUGGUGGCCACCCAGACUGACCAGCGGGAGAUGGGGCCCCACAGGGCCUCCUGCAUCAAUGCCAUGGAAGGGAAGAAACUGGCCCAGGAUGUCAGAGCCAAGGGUUACCUGGAGUGCUCAGCCCUUAGCAACCGGGGGGUACAGCAGGUGUUUGAGUGCGCGGUCCGAACUGCCGUCAACCAGGCCAGGAGACGAAACAGAAGGAGACUCUUCUCCAUCAAUGAGUGCAAGAUCUUCUAAACCCCAAGAGGCUUCACACAACACUUAUGGAAAUGGUGAUGAUGAGAGCUUGGCAGUCUUCCUACAGGAGCUUCCUUCUGUCAUUCUUCCGAUAAUAAAGUCUCAGGUAAUUCACAUCCCACUGUCCUGGCUGCUCUCUGCUUGCUGCCCCCAUGUCCUCAUUUCCAUCUUCCACCUUUCCCUGCCCUCCUCUGGGCCUGGGAGGUUAAGCCUGUGGACUGAAUCACCUGGAUCUCUUCCUGCCUGUCUUCCACUUGAGUUCAACCAGUAGGACACUCUGGCAGGAAAUCAGAGGGUAGGAGGGGAGAACAGCUGGGUGUUUUAUCCCUAUACAUUUCCGGCUUUGGCGCUACUUAUUUGGCAACAGUCAUGAGUCCCUCCGUGGCUCCAGCUUCUACUGGGAAGCUUCUCUUCCAUGAUUCCAGCUUCCACUGGGCCCUAGGGUGGUGCUUCCUCUCCUCGCCUUCAGCCCUAUGCGGGGUAAUGGCUUCCUGCUGGUCCUCAUCUUUGGAUGCAGCAGCAUCCUUGAUGUGGUCCCUUGACCCUGACCUAAGUAGUGAUUUCAUUCAAGUCUCUUCAUUCGAACUACCUGGAAUAAAUUUCAUUUCCUGUAGAACUCUGAGUGAUGCACUCAUUAGUUAUCUACAUAGUCUGUCAUUAAAUGAUUACUCAAAUCCCUACUGAAAGAUAUGAGUUGGAGGUCUGGGCAGUUGGGUUUUCCUGAGCCUCAAAACCUAGGAAAUACCACUCAAUAUCUAUUUGCUUGGAAGAAAAAGGAGGAGGUUGGUUAAUUCUAAUCUGAAUGAACAAAAGAAUAGUUCUGGGAUAGCAGCAUUCAAAUAUUGUGGAUCUUCUAACAAUAUAUUUAUAUUCAAGAAGCUCUGCUAUUAUCCAUAAUAUAUAAAGAAUAACCAUAAAUCAAUAAGAAAAACAGCCCAGUUUUAAACCAGAUACUUCCCAGAAGAAAAAAUAUACAUGACCAAUAAACACUAGAAAAGGUGCUUCAUUUCAUAUGUACUCAGGGGAAUGAAAACAAAACCCACCCAUAAAAUAUCAUUUUCAAACCACCAUAUUGGAAAGAGAAUUUAAAAAUAUGACAUUGGCUGGGCAUGGUGGCUCAUGCCUAUAAUCCCAGCACUUUGGGAGGCUGAGACUGCCCAACA